AAUCGUAUAGUAUACGCACAGUGCUCGAGCGAGUAGCAGUUUCAGUAUCGGGUCUGGGUGCGUUUUUUCUUCGUCUGUGUACUCAAUUAAUUAAUAUAACUGUUCUUCGUGUAACAGUAAAUUGCGAAACGUAUCAUAAGAAUAUAUGAACAAGUGAAUUAUUAGGUGAAAUUUACUGUUCUACUGAAUUAAAAUAAACCUUCGCCAUGGGGAGACACUUCAGAUGGCAUCCGGUCGUUCUAAGGAACUUUUGCACCCAAGUGACAACCCUUGGUAAAAACUCAACGACCUCACAAACAGCUGAAUUUUCGAAUGCUCUGCCUUACAACUCUAUACCAGGGCCAAAGCCGCUUCCAAUAUUGGGUAACACUUGGAGAUUAUUGCCCAUCAUCGGGCAAUACAAAAUUUCAGAUGUAGCAAAAAUUUCUGAACUAUUUUACGAGCAUUAUGGAAAAAUCGUGAGACUCAGUGGCCUCGUCGGACGUCCGGACCUUUUAUUCGUCUACGAUGCUGAUGAGAUAGAAAAAAUAUAUCGUCACGAAGGACCGACUCCUUUUAGACCUUCGAUGCCAUGUCUCGUACACUACAAGGGUACCGUGCGCAAGGAAUUCUUCGGGGAUUUGCCAGGGGUUGUUGGAGUUCACGGUGAACCUUGGAGGGAAUUUCGAACACGUGUGCAAAAGCCAGUCCUACAGCCUCUGACGGUUAGAAAGUACAUUCAACCCAUCGGGGUGGUCACCGAUGACUUCAUCGAAAGAAUGGAAGAGAUCAAAAGGGACGAUGGUGAAUUACCCGCAGAUUUCGAUAAUGAAAUUCAUAAAUGGGCUCUGGAAUGCAUCGGAAGAGUCGCACUUGACGUCAGGCUCGGUUGCCUUGGAGCAAAUUUAGCACCAGACUCUGAACCGCAAAAAAUUAUUGACGCCGCUAAAUAUGCCCUGAGAAAUGUUGCUGUUUUGGAACUGAAAGCACCCUUUUGGAGAUACAUUCCAACCCCCCUGUGGACCCGUUAUGUUCGCAACAUGGACUAUUUUAUUAAAAUUUGCAUGAAGCACAUAGACGAAGCGAUGGAGAGGCUUAAGACCAAAAAGUCGGUUAGCGAAGCCGACCUAUCUUUGGUAGAGAGAAUCUUAGCUAAGGAAACUGAUCCCAAAAUGGCGUAUAUUCUUGCAUUGGAUCUUAUCCUAGUUGGCAUCGAUACCAUUUCGAUGGCGGUUUGUUCGAUUCUUUAUCAAUUAGCUACGAGACCUGAAGAACAGGAAAAGAUGCAUCAGGAGCUACUGAGGGUUCUUCCGGAUCCCAAUGUGCCCAUCACCACGCAACAUCUGGACCAAGCUGUUUACAUGAAGGCAUUUAUCCGCGAAGUAUUUAGAGUGUACUCUACGGUUAUUGGUAACGGAAGAACACUUCAAAACGAUACUGUGAUAUGCGGCUACAAAGUACCUAAAGGGAUUCAAGUCGUUUUUCCAACGCUAGUAACAGGCAAUAUGGAAGAAUACGUCUCUGACGCAAAAACGUUUAAGCCUGAAAGGUGGCUGAAAGAAUGUCCGGAACAGAAGCUACAUCCGUUCGCGUCGCUUCCAUAUGGAUAUGGAGCUCGGAUGUGUCUUGGAAGGAGAUUCGCUGACCUAGAGAUGCAGGUUCUUUUGACAAAGCUCAUUCGCUCCUACAAGUUGGAGUAUCACCACGAGCCUUUAAACUAUAAAGUAACCUUCAUGUACGCACCUGAUGGUGAACUUAAAUUCAAAAUGCUGAAAAGAUAAGUAAGUACAAAACAAUACGGGGAACGGUAUUAUAUUCAAAAAGCUCCAUUAAUUCGCCUGACGUGAAUGAACCUUGCACACGUUAUUCGUGCCCCUCUGCGGAUGAUGGAAUAAGGAUGGAAAAAACGUACGAAGCCUUUUAUUUGUAUAAUUUUGUAUUUAUAUAAUUUGUAUAUAAAAAAUGAAGAAAUCUGCUCUGAUCGCAGCAAUGGUACGUGUAACGUCCAACUUUAAAUUAUCGUUGUUGCUAUUGAUAACAUUUAAUCGCAAUACAUUUUUCACCGUCUA